GAAAACCCAAUUGACAAGAACUCCCGCCGAAGCCCCAAGGCCUGGCCGGCGUUCGGUGUGCGGCGCCCACUGCGGCCCGGGGCUCGAACGCUGAGCCUGGAGCGUCUACCUCGGGGGCACCGUGCAUUGUUCCGCCGCCCCCGUGGGCCCGCGCUCGCGCUUUCUCGACGUCUCUGUCUAAGCCUGGCUUGACGGCCCUGGGCCCAGCCUCCCACUCGCAUCCGGCCCGUGGGCUCUGGGGGACCCGUGACGGACCCCGCGGUCCCCUAGCUUGCUCCCACUGGAUCGGCCGCCUCUAUGGCCUCCAGCCAGGCUGGGCCGGACCGCUGGAGGUCCUAGGAUCUGGGGCUCUGGGAGGCAGGGAUCAUGGUGGGGGUCCUGACCAUGGCGGCGGCUGCAGCUCCCCCUCCAGUAAAGGACUACGAGAUUGAGCCAUGCAAAAAGCGGAGAAAAGAUGAUGACAGCUCUUCCUGUGAAACCAUCACCAAAUAUUUAUCACCAGUAGGAAAGACUGGAGACAGAGUUUUCUCUCCACCAAAACCCAGUAAGAUUCUUCAUUAUUUUAGAAAGACUUCACCCACAAAUGAGAAGUCGACAAAAGAGUGUAAGAUAAAGCCAUCUCCAUCCUCGCUUUUUGGCAAUAGCAAAGACUGUAAAACACCUCUGGAAGUGCUCUCAAAUGUGGAAGUUAAGAAGAAAGGAAAGAGAAUUAAUUUAUCUCAUCAACUGAAUGAUAUAAAAAUUGAGUCGUCAGUGGGAAUUAGUGGUGAUCGUAAGGAGGAAUGCGGUUUAAGUGAUUUUGUGGAAAGCAGCACUGAUGUUUUCCUUUACAAAAAACAUGUAGAGGUUCUUACAGAAAGCCUUCAAGACAGCAGAAACAAGCCAAAUACAAUGACCCCCCCCAAAAAGUCCCGGAAAGUAAAUCCUAAACAAGACACCACAAAAAAUGAUGGCAAAAUGUUGAGAAAAAGGAAGCACAGCAAGCUACUAGAGCUGUCUGAAAGUUUACCCUUGGCAGACGAAAUAAGUCUGCUUAAGAAAGGUGGCAAAGACAGUAAACAGACGAAACCUUCCGUGGCCGAUGAAAACGAGAGGACUGCAAAUCAUGUGGACCCCAGGGCUUGUGCAACCAAAGUAGCUGAUUUAAACAAGAGUACAAUAACGGUCUCGUAUGAGGAAUUUUUAAAAAGUCACAAGGCAGCUCGAGUGGAAGAGAUGCCUGACCAUGCAGUGCCAGCUUGUGUUCCUCCUGGACCUGGUGAAGCAGUCAAAAGUGGUUCUGAAGGUGAAUUAGAGAGCUGUGAGUUAUCUCCACACAUACACCUUAAGACAGUUACUGUUCUUGCACAAGUUCACCCCACUCCCCCUAAAAAGAAAGGGAAAAUACCCCCAAUGUUCUUGAAACAGAAACAGCUUGAUCUGGAGAGUAGUCUUUCUGAUCCAGAAAAUGAGCAGACAGUUCAGAAAAGGAAAUCAAAUGUUGUGAUCCAGGAGGGCCAGUUAGAACUGGCUGUGCUGGAAGCCGGGAGCUCUGAGGCUUCAGUACCAAAGUGCAGCGUGGAAGAGAGACAGCAGUUCAUGAGAGCAUUCAGGCAGCCGCUGUCAGAAAUGCUCAAAACUGGACUCAAGAAACCUUUGGAGAAGCAGAAAGACCCAAGUGAAAAAUCCGUAAGUGAAGACGGUGAUAACAGUUCUGAAAAAAUCAUAGAAAAUCCUAAUAUCCAAAUAGUUUCAAAUCAUGGUAGUUCACAGACACACACUGAUAAAGCAAGCUUUCCUAAGGAGAAAAGUAAAAAGUCAAGGAAAAAGGAUAGGAAGACCAUAGGCACUAGGACCACUCCAGGUGGAAACAGAGAAGAAACCAUGCAAAAGGAAAAAACAUCCUUUUCCCCAAAAAAUAAACCAAAACAAAAUAGCCUUCGAAGGAGUUUAAGACAGAAGUCAGAAGUUUCCAAAAGCAAAUCAUUACUUAACAGUGAAAGUCUUGUUUGUGAGGAUACAGCACACAACUCUCUAGAAAUGUCUCCAUGUGACAGAAAUAAAUCAAGAAAACACAGCACACCAAUCAAAGAUAUGGUCACACAUUCCAAAGCUGAGCCUGAAAACAGGCUGCAGAACAUUUCCACACCCAAGCCAACCAGGAGAUCUCUAAGAGGUAGCAACACGCCUGCCACAGUCACCCUUAGAGGUACUGAGUCUGAGGAUGCCCAGGACACUACUAGUCCAGUGAAGCCUUCCACUCCAAAAGCAGCCAGCAUAUCAGAAAAACACAGCCUGUACACAGCAGAAUUAAUAACAGUACCCUCUGAUUCGGAGAGCCCUAUUAGAAUGAAAUUCACUAGAAUUAGUACUCCCAAAAAAUCUAAGAAAAAGUCCAAGAAAAUGUCUAAGAAAUCUGAAACAACUGAGGGAGAUCUCACUUCUCAGAAGAGAAAGGCAAACAGUACUUCAAAAAAUGUAUCAAAAGCUAAACAACUGAUUGAGAAAGCAAAAGCUUUCCGAGUCAGUGGAUCAAAGGCUGAAGAAACAGUGGUGCCCUUGAGGCGUUCCUCUAGGCACCAGACACUUCCUGAAAGGGAGAAGUCACCAGAGACAGAUGAUUCUGUAAUACUAAUAGAUUCAAGUCCAACUUCUGUAAAGCAACCAGAGAAAAAUCAGAAGAAACUUAAGAAUUUGAAUGAUGUACUAGGAAAAAAACUUAACAAGCCUUCUAAAAAUGUCCCUGGAAAAAUGAAAAUUGCUCCUUUAUUUCUUGCCAAAAAGACUAAGAGAACAGCCAUUCCAGUCCUUGAUUUGGAUGAAAGCAGUCAAGAUUCAUCAGAACAAACUCAGGAUUGUGAUGUACAAUUUAGAGCAAAGCGUGAUUUUCUACGGAGUGGUUUGCCAGAUUUACUGAAACGACAGAUUGCAAAGAAAGCUGCUGCACUCGAUGUUUACAAUGCAGUGAGUACCAGUUUCCAGAGGGUUGUUCAUGUCCAACAGAAGGAUGAUGAGUAUUGGUUGUGGCAUUUGAAGCCACCGUCUUGCCCUCUGUUAACUGAAUUUAAAGAAUUGAAUACUAAAGUAACAGAUCUCUCAAAAUGUGUUGUUGCUCUUGGUGAAUUUUCAACAUUGAAUUCAAAUCCAAGAAGUAAUUCUGCUGUUGUGUUGAUGAGGACAAGGAAGGAUUUUACUAAAGAAGUAAGAAAUCUUUUGCUGGAGGAAAUAACACAGUCAAAUCCUGAAUUUUCUUUAGGAAAAUAUUUUCCCUUGCUUCUAAAAAAACGAAUUGAGCACCAGGUACUUUCUGAGGGUCAUGGUAAACAAGCAAGUCCACAACUACAGCCUCGUGUCAGUCAAAAAGAAACCAAACGGAAAUGUGUGGAAACAGGAAAUCACAGGUCAAAAAGAAAGAAACCAAAUGAAUAUUCAAUGAGCCCAGAAGAGAUAAAGGAGAAGUCAGAAGAUCUUGAGAAAAGAAUCAACUCUUCUGGGAUAAAUCUACAUUCUGCCAAAGAUUCUGGAACUGAAGACAUGCUUUGGACAGAAAAGUACCAGCCUCAGAAUUCAAAUGAACUCAUAGGCAAUGAGUUAGCUAUCAAAAAGUUAUAUAGUUGGUUAAAGGACUGGAAAAGAAGAGCUGAACUGGAAGAAAGACAGAAUUCGAAGGCGAAAAGAGAUGAAAAACAGGAAGAUUUGUCGGAUAGCAUGGACUUUAAAGGCAGUUCAGAUGAUGAAGAGUGUCAUCUUUGCAACACUGUUCUUAUAACAGGGCCAACGGGAGUGGGAAAAACUGCUGCCGUGUAUGCUUGUGCCCAGGAGCUCGGAUUUAAGAUAUUUGAAGUGAAUGCCUCUUCCCAGAGGAGUGGUAGACAAAUCCUGUCUCAGCUGAAGGAAGCUACCCAGUCCCAUCAAGUAGAUAAACAAGGUGUAAACUCUCAAAAACCCUGCUUCUUUAAUAACUACAACAUUGGCAAGUCACCAAAAAAGUUAAACUCCCCUGGGAAAGUUGUUAUAUCACCAAGAAAGCUUCCUCCAUCGUCACCAAAAGGAAGUGGGCAGAAGCGAGCACUUCCCCCUAAAACUUUGGCAAAUUAUUUUAAAGUAUCCUCCAAAUCCAAAAAUAAUGAAGAAGUAGGAGCACUCAUGGGAAAUAAUAAAGGAAUCAAAAAUUCUUCUUUGGAACAGAGGCACAUUAUUCAGACUAAAUCAACAAAUGCAAAUAAUUCAAAUGCUAAAGAAAUAGGAGCUGAAGAAUCCAACAGAAAGAAAGCAACAUCCCUCAUUCUCUUUGAGGAGAUGUUAUGCCUUCCUGUAUGCCUGUACACCAUGUGUACCACCUUAGGAGGCCAAAGGAGGGUGUUGGUCCCCCUGGAACUGGAGUUACAGAUGGUUUUGAGCUGCUCUGUGGGUGCUGAGAAUCAAACCCAGGUUGACGUCAUUUUUGAUGAAGAUACUGGGUUUUUGAAUGCAGUCAAAACAUUCAUGGCAACAACUAAACGACCAGUAGUUCUUACUACAAGUGAUCCCACAUUUAGUUUAGUGUUUGAUGGCUGCUUUGAAGAAAUAAAUUUCAAUAUUCCUUCCCUGCUAAACGUUGCCAGCUAUCUCCAAGUAAUCUGUUUAGUUGAGAAUUUCAGAACCGACUUAAAAGACUUUGUAACCUUGUUGACUGCAAAUGCUUGUGACAUCAGAAAAAGUAUCCUGUACUUACAGUUUUGGAUCAGAAGUGGAGGUGGAAUUUUAGAAGAAAGGCCAUUGUCACAUUGUCGAGGAAAUAGCAGAAGUGUACUGGUUUGCUCUGAUGAUAGCACCGAUGCAAAAAUUAACUCUAAAAACAGCAGAAGGAACCGUGUAGCCCUCCCCAAAUGCGACACCGGCUGUGCAGAGGCUUUGUUUGGACUCAAGAACAUUGCCUCCCCAUCCCAAGACUUAUUUUCACUUUUAAAGCACAAGGUCACAACAAAGGAAGAAUGGCAUAAAUUCAUCCAGCUUCUGACAGAAUUCCACAUGCAAAACAUCGAUCUAUUGUAUAGUAAUCUUGAGUUCAUCCUGCCAUUGCCAGUUACUGUCAUCCCAGAAGUAAAAGAUGCUUAUGGCUCCCCAGUGACUACAGAGGCCAGUGCGCCAGGAAGCAUGGAGCAUCUUCCCAGGAAGCAGUCAGAAGACCAGCCAUUAAAAAAAUCACAGAAAAGGAAACAGAGAAAGAUGGUGACCCUGGAUGACAGUGACUUAUUUGACACUGGACUGGACUUUUCUGAUGACCUGACUGGUUUAUCUCCUGUGCCUUCUUCGGCUUUAGAAGACAUCACAAGCAGAGACAGAGAAGGCAACCCAGAGACACAGACACAAACCAAAAGCUUCACGUCUGACUCGGUGCCUCAACCUCCUAAGACACCAGCAGAGAAGAAGUGUUCUGUGCUCGUUUCCCACUGUUUAAAUUCUCUCAUUGAGUUCAUGGAGAACAUGUCCUUCUUAGAUGCCCUUUUACCAGACCCAGGGGAACAGAAUGAAUUGAGUAAAAAUCCUUUUCACUGGACAAGCGGGAAGGUUAAAAGCGGACUUUGUGAUGAGUUUAGUAUUGAGAGUAGAGACGGGUGGGCUCCUCAGAGCUCUGAAGAAUUAAAAGCAACUGCAGAAGCUCUCAGCUUUACUAAAUGUUCUUCUACCAUUUCAAAAGCAUUGGAGUCCUUGAAUCCAUGCAAGCACUUAGGGAGAGACCUCGUCAAUGGGCUCACUUUCUGUGUUCCACAAAGGUCCAGCGAUGUAUGCUUCCGCCAGUCGGCAGCUAAUCUAGACAAUGCUGACAAGAGGAUGGCAGUCAUUAAAAGCGUGUUUUCUAGUCGGUCCUUUCUGAACGUGGGUAAUAAGCAAGCGAGUAUCCUUGACUACCUGCCGACUCUUCGGAACAUUUGUCGGACAGAGAAGCUGAAAGAACAAGGGAAAAAUAAAAGAAGGUUUCUGCACUAUUUUGAAGGAAUUCAUCUUGAUAUUCCUGAAGAGGCUGUGACAGCUUUGGCUGCUGACUUCCCUUGAUGUCCCCGUCUUCAGUGCCCAGGAAGGACGACGGUGGUCCUUAAGACACACUAGAUUAUGUUGACUUGAAAGAAGAGCUUAUUUCUCUUAAUGUAAAUUUUAAAAGAUUGUAUUUUUGUGGUUCAAGUAUUUAAAAUGAAAAAUUUGGGUUACAAACUGUAUAUAUGAUUGUGGCAUAUUUUUUCCUGAAUGUUUUGUAUUAUCUAUUUUUGCUUUGUUUUGUAUGCUUUCUGUAUGUGUAGAAGGUAGUGUUCACGAAGAGAUUUCUAAAGCUGUUUCAGUACUGAGGUCAUCGGUAAUUUUCCCUUUCCUUGGACCCUCCCUCUGCUCUCCAGUAUCAGAGCAUGCCACCACCUGCAGUCCCUAAAGCUGCACGGCACAAAACAGUUCCUCCAUGUGGAGUCAUCUUUAGUGUACUAGGAAGGAAAGUGCACCAGCUUUGGAAAGCCUUUCUACCUUGUGCCCUCGCCCAGCAUGCUUUACCAUUCCAUCAUGGGGCCAUCCAUGUUGGCAAAGUAAAGCAUCCUGAAGUCUGGUUCCCAUAAACCUUUCUUAGCACCCUGUGUAGGUGAAGUCUUGUGCAUUGUGCACUCAAUUAUUUGUACAUUUUCUGGUACCUUUAUAUCAUGUUUUCUUCAUAAAUGUAAUGACAUUAAUUUAUCUAUUUUGGACAAGUUGUUGAUGGUUGAAGAAAUAAUGAAGGAUUCUAACAUGGGGUUUCUACCUAACAGCUAUUUCCACUUAAGUUUGGUUUGGGGUUUUGUGGUGCUGAGGAUUGAGGUCUUUUGUGUUAUGGGCACAUGUCCUAUGUCCUAUGUCUUAGUAACACGCAGUCUUGUUUUUGUAAUUAUUUGUGGUGCUACAGAUCAAACCCAAGGCCUUGUGCAUUCUAGAGACAUGCUUAACCACUGAGCUAGAACCCCCAACAUUGUCUUUGAGACAGGGUCUGGUUAUAAUGCUUAGGCUGCCUGUAAACUCCUUCCAGACUUAUGUGAUCCUCCUGUCUCAGCUUCUCAAGUACUUGGGACUACAGGCAUAUGCUGCCACACCCAGGAAGGUCAUAGGUUUUUUUGUUUGUUUGUUUUUGUAAGUACCUGUUUUUACUUUAGUAGCAAGAUUUUAAAGUGUCGCAUUUUACUUAAUGUUAUUUUCGUCAGAUAAUCAAGUAUGUUUAAAAUUGCUUCAUAUUACAUAUAUUUGUAUAAUAACAUAAUAUUCAGGUACAUUUUCUGAUAAAUUGUAUUUUUAACUCAAAAGUUAAGGAUCCUAGUUUUGUACUUUUUUAAAGUAUAGGUGCAUACCUGUUUACAAUGUGUGUGACGAUGUUUUUACCUCUUGUUCAACCUACUUUUUCUUGUAUUAAUUAGCAAAUUGAUCUAAUUAAAAUUUAAAGCUGAAGGCUGUAA